AUCACCGUCCCCUUCUUCUCUGGCACAUUUCCCACUCACAGCUUUCCGAGUUCCAAUCACUCGUCGAUAUUCCCUCGGAUUCCGUCUCUGAUUUGAAUAUUAUUCUCUUCGUCUGCAUUCGACGGAGUGGUUAGAUUUGAGAAAAACAUGAGCAACGGCAUAAGGAAUAGCUUGCUGCACCAGAAUUUACUUUCUCCAACAGUUUUGAAGCAUAGAGAUCGAAGCAAUUCUUUGGCUUCUAUUGGGGGAAAUACCUUUCUCCAGCCUCAAGCAAAUUCACUAGUACACAAAUCCUCUAUAUCAACUAAGUUUCUUGGUAAGAAACUCAGUGUGCGGCAAAAUAAAUUACAGAUGGGAAGGCAGACCACAGUUUCUAGAUCAAUUCGUGCAGUUUUGGCUGCUGAUCGAUCUCCAGUGCUUUCGAAGAAGUUCAACCUGGAUGAAAAUAUUGAAUUACAGGUAGAUAUUGGAGCUCCUACUGCGAAUUCUACUUUUGAGGUAACUAUUCAGGUUACAAGUAGUAGUGAUUCCAUACUUCUACACUGGGGAGCAAUAAAAAGUCAAAAAGAAAAAUGGAUACUUCCACAUCGUCGUCCAGUUGGGACUAUGGUGCAUAAGAACAGAGCACUAAGGAGUCCAUUUAUAAAAUCCGGUGCAAACGCUGUACUGAGAAUAGAGAUUGAUGAUCCUGAAAUACAAGCUCUAGAGUUUCUUGUUUUUGAUGAAGGCCAGAAUAUAUGGUAUAAGUACAAUGGAGGUAAUUUUCAUGUCCAAUUGCCCAAGGCAGAAUCGAGGACUCCAACAAAUGUUUCUAUUCCCGAGGAUCUUGUACAAAUUCAAGCCUAUUUGAGGUGGGAGAGGAAUGGAAAACAGAUUUAUAGCCCAGAGAAAGAGAAGGAGGAGUAUGAAGCUGCUCGAAUGGAGCUGUUGGAAGAGUUAGAAAAUGGUAAAACUGUGGAGGACAUCCGAACAAAGUUAACAAGCAAGGGUGAUACCAGUGAGAGUAAGGAACAAGUUACUUCCGACACAAAGAGCAGUAUACCCGAUGAUCUUGUUCAAAUACAAUCAUAUAUACGAUGGGAGAAAGCUGGAAAGCCAAACUAUUCUCCAGAGAAGCAACUUGAUGAAUUUGAAGCAGCAAGAAAGGAUCUGCAAGAUGAACUUGAUAAGGGUACUUCCCUUGAUGAAAUACGGAAAAAAAUAACCAAAGGAAAGAUACAAAGUAAGGUAUCAAAGCAAUUGGAAAAAAAAAGUUAUUUCAGUGUAGAAAGAAUCCAGCGCAAGGCAAGGGACGUAAUGUCGAUUCUCACAAAGUUUGAUUCUGUGUCCAAAGAAAUAACAAUCUCAUCAGAACCACCAGUUCUUUCAGUAGUAGAGCAGUUCUCUAAAGAAAUAGAAGAUCACAUUGAUGGAUCUAUAAUGAACAAAAAAUUAUUUAAGCUUGGGGAUAAGGAACUCCUGGUACUUGUAGAAGAGCAGCCCUCUGGAAAGACCAAAGUUCAUAUGGCUACAGAUUUUCCAGAACCAGUUGUACUACAUUGGGCUUUGUCCAAAAGACCCGGAGAGUGGGAAGCACCUCCUUCAACUGUUUUGCCCCAUGGCUCAGAGUCUCUUGAUAAAGCUGCUGAAACAAAAUUCAGCACUAGUCCACCUGACAGAAAGUUUCACGAGGUCCAACAAUUGGAAAUCACAAUUGAGGAUGACAAUUUUGUUGGAAUGCCAUUUGUUCUUGUUGCUGGUGGAAAUUGGAUAAAGAACCAAGGGUCUGACUUCUAUAUUGAGUUUAAAACUGGUUCUAGAGAUGUCCAUCAGAAGGAUACUGGGGAUGGGACAGGAACAGCCAAGUCUUUGUUAGAUAAAAUAUCUGAAUUGGAAAGUGAAGCUCAGAAGUCCUUUAUGCAUAGAUUCAACAUUGCGGCAGACUUGAUGGAACAAGCAAUAAAUAAUGGUGAUCUGGGUCUUGCUGCAAUACUUGUCUGGAUGAGAUACAUGGCCACAAGACAGCUGAUCUGGAACAAAAAUUACAAUGUGAAACCAAGAGAAAUAAGCAAAGCUCAGGACAGGCUGACGGAUUUGUUACAGGAUGCCUACAAGAAAAUUCCACAAUAUCGUGAAAUUUUACGUAUGAUCAUGUCUACUGUGGGUCGUGGAGGUGAAGGAGAUGUUGGGCAACGAAUAAGGGAUGAAAUAUUGGUCAUCCAGAGAAACAACAAUUGCAAGGGUGGAAUGAUGGAGGAAUGGCAUCAAAAGCUGCAUAAUAACACUAGUCCUGAUGAUGUUGUAAUAUGCCAGGCACUACUUGACUAUAUCAAAAGUGACUUUGACAUCAGUGUUUAUUGGAAAACCUUGGAGGAUAAUGGAAUAACAAAAGAGAGGCUUCUUAGUUAUGACCGAGCAAUCCAUUCUGAACCAAAUUUUACUAGGGAUCAGAAGGAUGGUCUUUUACGUGAUCUGGGAAACUAUAUGCGGACACUGAAGGCAGUUCAUUCUGGAGCAGAUCUUGAAUCAGCAAUCGCAAAUUGCAUGGGCUACAAAUCUGAGGGACAAGGUUUUAUGGUUGGAGUCAAUAUAAAUCCUGUGCCUGGCUUACCUUCAGGAUUUCCGGAACUACUUCAAUUUAUUAUGGAACAUGUUGAAGAUAAAAAUGUGGAAGCACUCCUUGAGGGAUUGCUAGAGGCUCGUCAGGAGCUCAGGCCAAUGCUUUUCCACUCAAAUGACCGUCUUAAGGAUCUGAUAUUCCUAGACAUUGCACUUGACUCUACUGUUAGAACUGCUAUAGAGCGUGGAUAUGAAGAACUAAGUAACGCUAGUCCUGAGAAAAUCAUGUAUUUCAUCUCACUAGUUGUUGAAAACCUUGCACUUUCAGUGGACAACAAUGAAGAUCUUAUUUAUUGCUUGAAGGGAUGGAACCGAGCUCUUACCAUGUUUAAGAACAAAGAUGAUCACUGGGCAUUGUUUGCCAAAUCAGUUCUUGAUCGAAGUCGGCUUUCACUUGCUAGCAAGGCUGAGUCAUACCAUCAUCUAUUGCAACCCUCGGCAGAGUAUCUUGGUGGUCGACUUGGGGUGGAUCAGUGGGCAGUCAGUAUAUUUACUGAAGAAAUUAUCCGGGCUGGAUCAGCUGCUUCAUUAUCUGCACUUCUUAAUCGAUUAGAUCCAGUUCUCCGAGAAACAGCUAAUUUAGGAAGUUGGCAGGUCAUCAGUCCAGUUGAAGCUGUGGGAUAUGUGGUGGUUGUCGAUCAGUUGCUUUCUGUUCAGGAUAAAUCAUACUCAAAACCAACUAUUUUAGUUGCUAAUUCUGUUAAAGGAGAAGAAGAAAUUCCUGAUGGUGUUGUAGCAGUGCUUACCCCUGACAUGCCUGAUGUUUUAUCACAUGUUUCUGUUCGAGCAAGGAAUAGUAAGGUUUGCUUUGCCACAUGCUUUGAUUCAAACAUAUUGGCCAAUAUCCAGGCCAGUGAAGGAAAGUUAUUGCGCUUACAACCUACAUCUUCAGAUGUGAGAUACAGUGAAGUGAAAGAAGAUGAGCUUGUGAAUUCAACUAGCUCAGAAGAAGAUUCAUCUGUUCCAUCUGUGACUUUAGAAAAGAAGUUAUUUGCUGGAAGAUAUGCAAUCUCAUCUGAGGAGUUUACAAGUGAAAUGGUUGGAGCAAAAUCCCGCAAUAUUGCACACCUUAAAGGGAAACUUCCAUCUUGGGUUAAUAUACCAACUUCUGUUGCGUUGCCCUUUGGUGUUUUCGAAACUGUCCUUUCAGACAAUUUAAACCAGGCUGUGGCCAAUAAGUUGCAAGCAUUGAAAAGCAAAUUAGGUGAAGAGAACUUCGAUGCCCUUGGUGAAAUCCGAAAUAAUGUUUUAGAACUUUCAGCUCCUCCACAGCUGGUCAACGAGCUUAAAGAGAAGAUGCAAGGUUCUGGCAUGCCUUGGCCUGGCGAUGAAGGUGAACAGAGAUGGGAACAAGCAUGGAUGGCUAUAAAAAAGGUCUGGGCUUCAAAAUGGAAUGAAAGAGCAUACUUCAGCACAAGGAAAGUGAAACUUGAUCACGACUAUCUUUGCAUGGCUGUUCUUGUCCAAGAAAUAAUAAAUGCCGAUUAUGCUUUUGUUAUCCACACUACAAACCCAUCUUCUGGGGAUUCAACAGAAAUAUAUGCAGAGGUUGUCAAAGGACUUGGUGAGACAUUGGUGGGAGCUUAUCCAGGUCGUGCUUUGAGCUUUAUUUGCAAGAAAAAUGACCUCAGCUCUCCUCAGGUUUUGGGUUAUCCCAGCAAACCUAUUGGCCUUUUCAUACAAAGGUCUAUAAUAUUCCGAUCAGAUUCAAAUGGCGAAGAUCUAGAAGGCUACGCUGGCGCUGGACUUUACGACAGUGUCCCAAUGGAUGAAGAGGAGAAAGUUGUCCUCGACUACUCCACGGAUCCAUUGAUCGUUGAUGGAAGCUUCCGGCAUUCGAUACUCUCCAGCAUAGCUGGCGCAGGAAACGCAAUCGAGGAUCUUUACGGCUCGGCGCAAGACAUUGAAGGUGUUGUGAAGGAUGGGAAAAUCUACGUGGUCCAAACACGACCCCAAAUGUGAUCUCAGAGAUAUACAUACAGAAAACAAAAAUAAGGUGACACCAUCUCAGCCACCCUUCUUCUACAUGCUGUUAUAUAUAUAUAUAUAUAUAUACACACAUAUUAUAGUCACUGCCUUUUCAAGAAUAUUUAAAAAAGAACCAAGUUGGAAUUAUGAAUAUUGAAUCUGCAGGAAUCAUUGUAAUUGUACUAAGUAUUACAAGAUGUAACAUUACGAUUUAUUACCAUAAUAAUAUUUGAUUAUUGAGGAA